CUCUGACCAUGGGUGUUCAGGAGAAGAUGUAGUGACAAUGCCAAUGACCUUACAGUCCAUGUAUUGACCUCUCUCUCUCCCUCCUCUAGCCAGUCCAUGUAUUGACCUCUCCGUUCUUCCCUCCCUUGUCUAGCCAUCGGCGGUUUUACAUUUCCAGCAGGCAGCGGAGAUGUUAUUUUCGGCCCCGGUGCAGGCUGCUCCAUGCCGGGGCAAGCUGGGCUUUAAGUGGGCGGUGCGCAGCGUCAUCCUGAUGACUCGCUUCUGCCGCUACUUCAUGUCCCGUUCCAACUAUCGCCAAUUCAUGGAGUUCAACUUCUGUGAGACCAUCACCAACCAGCCGGCCGGGGGAACGGGUACAAAUCUGGUGUUUGACCUGAACCACUUCAAAGUGAAAGAGGACCGGAUCCCUGUCCUGCUGGUGGAGAUUAUGCGGAAGUGCCCAGAGGAGCGUUCUGAGUCGGAGGUGUUGCUGGUUCACAACAUGCUGAGCUCUGUGAGCAUGUUCCGUCGCUACAGUGGAACCUUGCAACUCCUUCUGGCCAGGGUGGUUCGCUAUCAGAGGUUGGAGCGUCGCAGAGUGGUCAUUAAGAAGGGCCAUUGGGGACACAGCUUCUACUUUGUGUUCUCUGGGCUACUGGCCGUCACCAAGGACAACGACGGUAGCAGUGCCUUCGUGGAUAAGGAGCCCAUCCUCAUCAAGAAGGGCAUGAACUUCGGGGAUGUGGCCUUGAUCAAAACACUGAGGAGGAAUGCCACUGUGGUGUGUAUGGAGGAGACGGAGCUCAUGGUGGUCGACAAGGAAGACUUCUUCGCUAACAAGAUGGACGUAGAGCUCAAGAAGGAGUUUGACUAUCGCUUCAGGUUCUUCCGGUCACUCCAGCUAGUGUCCUCCUGGUCAUACUCUCUCAUUGAACAGAUGGCUGACCAUUCCAAGGCCGAGCAAUUUCGCUACGGCCACGUGGUCGUCAAGGACACCAACGACAUGGGCAACAUUAUUUUCAUUGGCAAGGGCCAAUGUGACGUGUUGAGAGUGGUGGACCUUACCUCCUGCAGUGCCUACCAACGCCUCCUAAAACAGUAUGCAGACUCAGUAAGCAGAGGUACAUGUUUGCCAACAAAUGGAUUCAAAGGCGAGCUGACCAUCCAACCAGGAAGUGUCAUAAAACACAAAGUCCUCCUCAAUAAUCCUCCACGUCCUCCCAGAGGACUUCCUGCAGACCUGCCCACCAGGGCCUGUUUCCUGAUCGACACCCUUCAUCAGAGCAGCACAUUUGGUCUGAACCAGUACCUGAUGCCGUCGAAGCAGAGAGACUGUCGCAGGUUCACUCUGGUCAGCCAGAGCGUGGAGAUCCUGCGGGUGGAGAAGACUCGCUUUGACAAGCUGGUGGACAACACCACCAUGAAGAAGCUGGAGGCCCUGCAGAAAACCUACCCAAGCGACGACGAGCUGUGCACUGUGUUCCUGGAACACAGCCGCUGGAAGGACUACAAACACAGUGUGGUACAGGACCUGUUCCCCCACCGGGUCGCCCCAAUCAGAAACCCCAAAACCCAGAAGCAGCAGGGCCACUGUGGCCCCAGCCAGGCCCUUCAGCAGACCAGACACGUGGUCAACAGGCUGAAACAGACAAAGCAGAGGGUAGAGCCCAAAAAAUAUUAAAUAAAGGAAUAACUGUGUAGAUGAAUGAAAACAUAGACAUGGUUUUAUCAAUAUG